UGCGGGGAGGCCACGAUGACGACCGGAGCGCUGAUCGUGUCCGCCUGCCUGCUGACGCUCGCCCGCGCCGCCACCGUCGACAGGGGCGUGUUCGAGACAGGACGAUGCCGUCAUCGUGGAAGCGGCCGGUCAGGAGGAGACAUUCCGGAAGGGACGGCAGCUGACGAACGAGUUUGAGCGGUCGCAGACGGUGGUGCCACCUGGCUGGCCAGGUCUCCCGGCGGGAGUGACGGACACCUGUGAUACACCAGAUGGCCGGUCGGGUGUCUGCAUGGCUCGGACGGUAUGUUACUGGACCCGAGAUCUGCCUGCCGGUGACGUCAGUCUCGCACGGAGCUUCGGCUCUUGCUUAGCGGGCGGCAGUGGUCGGGAUGCCUCCGGGGCAGGGCGCCCCCUGGUGCGCGGCGUCUGCUGCCCAGGGCUGUUCGCCACCACGCCGACGACGGCUGCCGUCACCACCAGCCGUCCGAGCACCAGCACCAAGGCCGGUGAACCGUCGGGGGCCGUCACCAACUGGUGGCAGACGACCGCGCCCGCCACCACCACUACCACCACCAAGCGAACAACCACGACGCGGCCCACCUCCGCUCCGUCAGCAGACAUCACCCAGUGGUGGCAGACCACGGCCGGCACCACUCAGCGGCCGAGCACCAGCUCUGCCGGCACCACCGUGUCGCGUCCGACGGCGCCCACCAUUCCGCCAAUCAUCACCCAUCCCUGGCAGUCCACCUCGACUCCAUCACCGAUUCAGGUCACCGGGUGGUGGCAGACCACCGCCGGCGCGACAACGACCACCUCCACCACCACCACCACCACCACCAGCCGCGGGCCGGCCACCACCGCCUGGUGGGACGUCACCACUAAGGUGACGUCCAGCCCCUCGACGCCCGCUGCGGCCGUUACAACAAAACCGACACAAGACUUCAGUGCGUGUGGCACCCGAAAUCUGGAGACGGACCGGAUUGUGGGUGGCCAGGAGGCUACCCCCGGAGAGUUUCCCUGGAUCGCGGGUAUUUUCAAGGGACGUCGGCAGUUCUGCGGCGGCUCUCUGAUCGACGAGACCCACAUCCUGACAGCCGCCCACUGCGUCGCCCACAUGACGUCGUAUGACGUGCGCCGACUGGUGGUACGCCUGGGAGACCACGACAUCAGCACGCCGGAUGAGAGAUCACACGAAGAGUACCAGGUGGCCCGCAUCAUUCGGCACAAGGGCUUCUCCGACCAGACAUUGCAUACGGACAUCGCCCUGCUGACCCUGACGGAGCCGGUGAAGUACCGGGACCACAUCCGGCCGGUUUGUAUGGCCGAGGGCAGCAACAACUACACCGGAAACCUGGUGACCGUGGCCGGCUGGGGCACGCUCAGCGAGGCCGGCCGUCAGCCGGACAAGCUGCAGAAGGUGGACCUGAAGGUGUGGAAGAACGCGGAAUGCGCCGCAUCGUACGGCAGCUCGGCGCCGGGAGGCAUCAUCAGCUCCAUGCUAUGUGCCUCACGAGAUGGCAAGGACUCGUGCAGCGGCGACUCUGGAGGACCGCUGAUGAUUGUCGAAGGCGGGCUGGUCUACCAGGUCGGCGUCGUCUCCUGGGGCAUCGGCUGCGCCAAGCCCGAGUACCCGGGAGUCUACACUCGCGUGACGUCACUGCGCGACUGGAUCGAACGCAACCGGAAGGCGUACUGAGCCGGGCCGCUGGCCGCAAGGUCAAAGGUCACCAAAGGUCGAGGGAGAGCACGGAGGGCACUCGGGCGCCGCGGGAUAUUGACGGAGGCUUUCUAACCUGUUUGACCUCGUUGACGUCGCUGACCUCGUUGGCCGACCCGUAACAUGUGAUAUUUGUUCUGAUGUGCGGGAGCUCACCGACUGCGUUUCCAUUCAAGUGACGAGGAGCGAAUCGUUUGUUUGUUGUUACGUUUUUGUCUGUUGUGCACCGUUAAGGGCGUUUGUUCGAUCGUUUCACUUUUUAAUGUUGCGGUUAAUUAUACAUAGGCCAUUUUAGAGUUUAAACAAAAUUAGGAAUCAUGGGCCAAGGUUUUUUUUCGAUCGAUUUGCCCUUGUGUGGCGAACUGCCCAAUAUGCAGAUAGCCCAAUAUGCAGUUACUUGAAGCGCGGAAUGUGAAUCGCUGGAAGAUAUAUGUAGUAGGCGCUUACUUCCUACCCAAUGCUUUAAUGGUGAUUUGUGCAUUUUGCUUUGUGCUGUCCCCUGCUAUCUUGUUUCGUGUAUUUGAUAUCCUUGCAGAUGCUUUUGGAUUACGUGAUUCCAUACAAUCCUUUGAUGUGCUUCAGAAUAAAAAUAACAUUUUUGUGCAUUUUGUAUGGUGUGAUACUGGGCGCUAUUCACCGUCCACGUUGUUCUUUGCCAGACACGUGUGCUGUACAGCGCCCAGCCGGUCUUUAAGUCGCCAGCGUACCCCAUUUAGUACA